GCUCGAGGGGAGUGGGCGAGUGCUGGGGAAUGAACGACGUUGGGUGGGAAGAAGAAGGGCGGGGAAGGGGAUUAUUAUGUGGUUAGAGAGGAGGGGCGAAGAAGAGGGGCUGGUGGGUGGCUACACUCGUAGUAGGGGGGGGGUGUAACGGGGUGCGCUUGAGAUAGAUUGGGAGUAGGAUCGAGGUUGGGAUGGAGACGAGAUCCGGUCCCGGGUUGGGGGAGAUCAAGCCGUGGACGGAACAGGAUCGGGCUGGGAUCGGGGAUAGAAACAGGGUGGGAUCGAAGAAGGAUCGAGCUAGGACAGGGACAGGUUCGGAAUGGGAUCAGGGUGGGUUGGGGAUGGAAGAGAAUGGGGGUAGAUGGGGUCGGGAUGGGAUCAGGAUGGAGUCGAGAUGGGAUCUGGCUGGGACCAGGGUGGGGACAGAUGGGAUCGGGAUGAAAUCGGGAAGGGAUCGGGCUGGGAUCAGAAAGAGAGCGGAAUGGGAUCGGAACGGGGUCGAAACAGAAAUAGGCUGGGAUAAGGUGGGGACGGAUGGAAUCGGGAUGAGAUCGGGAUGGAAACGGGAAGGGAUCAAGCUGGGACCGGGGAGAGACGGGAUGGGAUCGAGAUGGUAUCGGGCUGGGAACGGAGUGUCUGCGCUCUGGGUGGCUGCCAACACCAUUCGAUUGUCGGGUGACAUGCUGCGGCGAUGGUAGACACAUUUGCUGUAAUUGGACGGAGCUUGUACGGAAAGUC